CAUGGAGCUGGCCACGAGAGAAGUAAAGAGUCUAAGCAUGAGUCUACAAUGAAGAUAAUGGAGCGGGUACCUGUAGGGUUCAUGUUGGGAUGUAAAGGCUAAAGGGCCCUAAAUGUUGAUUAGUUGCAUUUAUGAAACUGGCCGAUGUAUGUUAAAUAUUAUGUGUAGUGUUGAUAGAUUUAGGCUACUUGGAGGCAUGUGUCAUGAAAUGGUGUAUCUUAAUGUAUCGACUUCUACCGACAUAAACCGCUUAUUUUAAUGGCUAUUUUGCUCCAAAUCUGCGGUGCGGUCUGUGAUCUCUGCAAACACUACUUCCGUACUGUGUCGCGCGAAGACAAUCGGCAUCGUUUGGCGCGAGAAGGCCAACUCCAUGGCAACGGAACACAAACAACACUUGCUAACAGCUGUAAUCAGGCUAAUAUGGCAGAACCGAGGAAGGAGAAAGUUAAACUGUCACCUAAAACAGUUUUUAUCAACAACAUAGACUCCUACGCUUCUAAAUGUAUUGCCAAGUUUUUGUCUGAAUGUCUGGUCGUAGCAGCUUCUGAUCCUGAUGGAGAGAUGGAGACUGAGGAAGAUGAGGAAAGGCUGGUAGAAAACUGUAGUCAAACACGAGCAUUUCAGGUUGUUGGAACUGUUUCUGACGAAUGUGACGUGUACAGACCAUAUGUCCUGGAGGAGUAUAUACAAAUGAACAGGGAUGAGCUACUGUUAAAGCUGUUGGAUUGUGAUGUUGUCAUCUACAACAUUACCCAGCAUGCUGAGCAGGUGGAGGAAGCCUUCUGGGCUGUUUCAGCUCUCCACAAUGAAAUGGGACAUUUCUCUGGACCAAAGAUGUUCAUACUCGUAUCCACAGUGAUGACUUGGGCGUGCAGCAAGCCAGACGGUCCUGAUGUCCCUUUCACUGAUGAGAUGUUCUGGAGAAGAACAGCACAUCCCAGCUUCAAACAACACAUUGACCUGGAGAAGAGGGUGGUUAAAAUUGGCACAACUAACAGUACACUGUUCUCAACAUACGUGGUGGCAUCAGGACUUCAGUACGGGAUGGGAGAGCACGUCUUCCACUUCUUUUUCAAGACGUCAUGGCUCGGAAAAGAACUUGAAAUUCCUGUUUUUGGAGACGGCAACAACAUCGUCCCCACGAUUCACAUCAGUGAUCUGGCAAGUGUGAUUCAGAAUGUGAUUGAACAUCAACCCAAGCCGUAUUACCUGCUCGCUGUGGACUACUCCAACAGCACCUUAGAGGACAUUGUGAAGGCGCUCGCCUCUGUACUUGGACCGGGGAAGAUCCAGAAAAGGCCGUGUGAGGAAGCCUUCCUAACACAAGACUUGAGUGUAAUGGACAUUGAUUCCUUGCUGGUCAACCUACACAUGGAGGGUGUCCAUCUCAAGAACCUCUUCUCUAUCAACUGGCUGUGUGAGUCUGGUCUGGUGGACAACAUGGAGCUGGUGGUGGAGGAAUAUCAGCAGAGCAGAGGACUACUGCCCAUCCGUGUGUGUGUGUUGGGUCCUCCUGCGGUGGGGAGGAGCACAGUGUCCAAACAGAUCUGUGAACACUAUAAGCUCCAUCACAUCACACUGAAGGAGACCAUCUCUGAAACCAUCUCACAACUGGAAGAUAAUGUGAGGAAUGCUGCUCCAGAUGUGGAUAAUGAGGACUCUGCUGCAGAGGCCAAGGAGCUGCUGAACAGCCUGAAGGACAGUAUGGAGCAGAAUAGAGGUGUUUUAGAUGACCAGCUGUUGGUGAAGGUGGUGAAGGACAGGCUGAUGUCUAACCCAUGCAGAAACCAGGGUUUUGUCCUCGACGGCUUCCCCAAGACAUAUGAACAAGCUAAAGAGCUCUUCUAUGCUGAAGAACAUGAGUCAGAAGAUGGAACAUCCCAGAUUUCUUCAUACAGCAGGAAGAUAAUGCCAGAGUUUGUGCUGUGGCUGGAUGCGUCAGAUGCCUUCCUGAAGGAUCGGGUGAUGAAUCUACCGGAGAGGCUGGUACAGCAGCACAACUACGAGCAGGAGCACUUCCUGCGACGACUGGCCAGAUACAGAGAGAACAGCAUGGAAGAUGAAACUGUUGUUAGCUACUUCGAUGAGCUGGACAUUCCCCAUCUGCACCUGGAGAUCACCAGUAGUGAGGAACCAGACUGCCUGCUGCUGAUGCAGAAGAUCUUCAGCGCAGUGGGCCUGCCCAGGAACUACAGCCCCAGCAGCCAAGAGGUGGAGGAAGAGGAGAGGAGGAAGGCUGAGGAGAGGAUGAGGAGCCAAGCCCAGGAGAGAGCUGAGGAGGAGAGGAGGGAGGCAGAGGAGGCCAGACACAGGGCUGCACACUGGGAGGAGUGGACGAAGGGUUUGGAGGAGGUGAGGCAGCAGGAGGAGGAGCUGCUGGAGGUCCAGUCCAUCCCUCUGAGAAGCUACCUGCUGGAGCAGGUCACGCCCACUCUGACCCGGGGCCUGAUGGAAUGCUGCAAGGCCCGACCACAGGAACCCGUGGACUUUCUGGCGGAGUUCUUGAUGAAGAACAAUCCAUUUCACUAG